UUCCUAAGAUAAACUGAAAGUUCCGAGAUUUAAUUUAAUUAAUCUCAAUUAUUAGCUGUCUCCUUGUCGUUGUAUUAAGUUACUUAUUAUGCAGGAUUAAUCUAUUUUUUGUUAUUAACGGUUUCGUCGAGUAAUUUCAGUGAAUCUGAUCAUUGUUGUGCUGGAAGUUAAAUUCACAAAUUCUUCCCCUCAUUAUGCAAAAAGUCAAUUAAGUACAUUCUUACAUUUUAACCUCUGUCAAUAUUUUAUCCUAUGUUAAAGUACAAAUCAGAUUUAUUAUCUGAGGAUUACAUUUUAUCAGUGACUGUAAUGAAAUUUUAGACUUUUUAACUCAAAUUUUACCCAAGUUUUUCUUCUUUUUUUAUAUCUUAUCCAUUCAUGAUUUUAUAAUGGUUAAAGUUUGAUUUUUGACAAAUUUGAAAUCUGCACCCUUAAGUCUCAUUAUGGCCCAAAUGAAUGAGCUAUUUUUGCUGAAAAAGUACUUCGGUCAUGUUGAAACUCAGCAAGAUGAACACAUAACGGAAUAUAAAGCUUUCUUACAAAACUUGGUGGAGUCAGCCGACCCAACAGAUGAGCUGCCUGUUAGAGUUCCGCCAUUUCGUUUCUCUUCUUUGGAGAUUCCUGGAGCAGUCAUCAAUUGGGCCAAGCAGUAUUUGGAAGCCAGGAACUGUCCAGCUGCCAUUCUAACACCUUUAAUUCGGAAAGUAUUCAAGAGUGUUUUUGAAUCAUCAGAAGAUGUUGUAGAUGCAUCGCAACCUCUCAACUCAAUCAAGUUUAGCCAGAGUGUUAUCAAGCAGCUUGUUAAAGUGUGCGAGGAAUAUUCAUUGAACGAUGAUCUUUUACGAGAGCUGCCUCCGCCUGCUGAGCUGUCUUUUCCAGUCUCGAAACAUGCAUUCAAAAACAGCAGACGAACUAUGGAGGAUCGAUUUUGCGUUGUCGAAGAUUUGAAUGGAUUAUUUGGUCUCAAAGAUCCAGGGAGCAUAAGUUUUUAUGCUGUUUAUGAUGGUCACGCUGGAAUCGAUGCUGCAGAGUACUCUGCAGCCUAUCUUCAUCAGUAUUUAACGGAAAGUCCAAAUUAUCCUCAUGAUCUGAAGGCAGCACUGCGAGAUGCUUUCCUGAAAACAGAUGAAUGUGUCCUUCAGAUUCCUAGGAGUAGUGGUACUACUGCAGUUUGUGCUGUUGUGGACCAUCAAGACAGCAUGCUGCAUGUUGCAUGGGCUGGUGACUCAGAGGCUGUUAUUUCUAUGAAUGGAAAAGCUAUGCAACUCGUCAACCCUCACAGAGCAAGCAGGCCUGAUGAAGUGGAAAGAGUGACAAAAGCUGGUGGUGAGGUCUUAUACUAUGACAUGUGUUGGCGCAUCAAAGGAAGGCUGGCAGUUUCUCGAGCAAUCGGGGACAAGUCUUGUAAGCCUCACGUAUGUGCCGAUCCUGAUUUUAAUUCCGUCGCAUUGGAUGGGACCGAAGAAUUCCUGAUUUUGGGCUCUGAUGGGCUAUGGGAUGCUCUGUCUCCAGAUGUUGCAGUCAAAAACAUCCUUAUUGAUCUGCUUAAUGGAAAAGAUCCCGAGCGAGCAGCAGAGGCGCUGGUGCAUCUAGCGAAGAAGGACUCGAAGGACAACAUAACCGCGGUAGUGGUGUUCCUGCGGCCGCCCGAAGUGAUCGCGCAGUCGCACUCGCUCAAGUCGCUGGCCCAGCGCAGCGGGGCACCCGCCGCCUCCGCCCACGCCCAGGCCCCCGCAACCGCCACAAUGGACCAGGAAGCCCUCUUCGGCAACAGCAAUGGCAACGGACCCAACGGCAACAUGUUCGCCUCCAACGGCUGCGCCUUCCGAUCCCCGUGCGAAUUCGACUCCGACUUCGGCCCCGAGACCAACGUCGACUUCGGCGAGGCCGUCAACGGCACCAACGCACACCACCCUAUGAUUAUUCCAGACAUCAAAUCAUUGAAAGAAGAAAAGAAGUUGAAAUUGGAACGGGACUCUGAGGAGGACGAUGAUGAUGAUGAUGAAGAUGAAAGAUGGGAUUAUACCAAAGGAGAUGUAAAAAUAGAAGAUGCCUCUAGUCACAACGAUUUGAAUAAUCAUUUUGAUAAUCUGGAUCAUGCUCUGAACCCUAAUGCUGCAGAAUUUGUGCCUACUUCUCCGGUCGAGAAGAGUUCCUCAGUCUCGGAAACAAAUCCUGGACUUACAAAUAAUGUGCCUUUCUCCCCUGAUGCAUGCAAGUCUGCAUUCUUCGAAAACUCUGUCUGUGAUUUAAAAAAUACAAAUUACGAGCCUACCAAUGGAUUUGGAAAUGACACCACCCAUACAAACAACUUCGAAGGGACCAAAGAAGUAGACUGUCUUGCAGAAGGAGACAAAAACUUACUGCUUCAGAAUCACAUCGAUGAGCUUUCAACCGGUAUCUCCAGCGAGGCACCACUAUCAAACUCUCUUUCCUCGACCAUUGCAAAUGCAAACGAAACGAGAAACUCCGCCUUCACCUCCGCUCUAGAAGACUUCUCUACGGAUGGCUUGUGCAAUAUUAGUGGUCUUUCCAACAUAUCAGCUGAAAAAUCGGACGACUUUUUAGACCCAGACGAUAAUUCAAAGUUCAACAAUUUAGAGUACUCUGCAAUAUCCCCAGAAAAGCCACAUGAAUUCUCUCUCCUUGAAAGUGCAUCAAAUCAAACCAAUGAAUUGAAAGAUCAUGAACAAACGGUGGAUGCUGAUCCAUUUAACCUGGAAAUACAACCAAAUUCUGAAUCAUUUAAUUCCUCAGAAACUCCCAAGAAUGCAGGUGAAGCACAAAAUCCUUUUGCUACUGAAGGAGGCUUUGAGUGUCGAAAAGAUAAUUUCAGCCAUCUAAAAGGCACGUUAGAGUUUUCACCAGACACAGUGCCUCUUGAAUGUAAAGAGGAAUCUAAGGCGGAACUGGCGUUUUCGCCGGACGUAGUCGUAGAAUCUAAAGAGGAAGAAUUAGAAGCGGUUAAAAAGAGUGACUCUGUGUUUUCAUCAUCUACUGAUAUCCCUACGGAGCAACAUGCUGGUCCAACGGAAGAGUCUGGACCGCAUGAUUUUGUUGAAAGUUUUGGAAACACAGAGGAACCUGAGAAAAAACAGCCAAGUUUUGAUUUUGAAAUGAAGAGUGAACCGGUUGUUGUAGAAAGUAAAACUGAAUUAACAGAGCCACGGUUUGAUUUUGAAAUGAAGAGUGAACCGGUUGUUGUAGAAAGUAGGACUGAAUUAACAGAUCCUUUUGAUAUUCCAGUCAAGACCGAAGAGAUCAGCCCUGCACCACCUGGCUAUUCCAAUGAAAUCAGCUCAGCUCAAGAUUUUUUCAGCUCAAACACGGAGCAAAAUUCUGCACAAGAUUUUACGGAAACAAACAACAUAAGCGAUAACUUACAAAAGCCUGAAGAGGAUGUCACGAAGGAUGCAUGCGUGAAUCCAUUCAUAGAUAGUAUCACUCCAAAGCAAGAAAGCGAAAUUGUCUCGAAUUUGACUCCUAUUCCACCAGAAACUCUGGACCAGCUCGAUAGAGUUAUUGAAGUCUCUGAUAAUUUUGCAUUUGAAGACUCGGCACCUAAGACUGAGGAGGUCAAACCAACAGAAGACUUGGUGACUUAUGAAGGAAAACCAGAGCCAGCUGAACCGGAAAAAAUUGUGGAAAAUCCAUUCUCAGAUCAAAUUAGCGGUAUUUCAGAGAGCAUCGAAAACCUACAUUUGACAGAGAGUUCUUUUGCUGCACCACCUUCACCUCCAGCAUCAGAAGUUUCCAAGGCCGAAGCAGAAAAUGUAGGCAUUCAAGACGACCAGGCACUAAUCGCUGAUUUGACCGUCAAUGAAGAAUUUUCAAAUGCAGAGGAUGUAGUCAACAAACUAACGGAAGAAUUUGAGAAAUCUUUCGAACAAUCAGAGCCUGUAACCAGCACGCCAUUCCCAUCCUCAGCUAAAGUUGCAGCUGUUGGAGCUGCUGCAGUCGCGGCGGUAGCAGCGGCUGGAGUAGCCGCAGGAGCUUCGGACACGAAAAAAUCAAGUGCGCCCAAACCCGCAACGUCAAAACCAUCUGUCGCAAAGUCAAAGCCAACAACGAAGCCUACCACGAGCACCCAACCCACUCCUAAAUCCCCGGCUCCGAAGAAACCAGUUCCAUCCAAAGCCUCCCCUGCCAAAACAUCGGUAGCAGCAAAAGCAGCACCCUCUACACUUCUCAAAUCAAAAGUUAGCACAACAACUACUGCUGCUCCUGCAGCCGCAGCUAAGAAGCCUGCAGCCACUUCCACACUUAAACCUAGAGUUCCAUUAUCUUCUCGACCAGCGUCCAGCACAAGCACUACAAAACCGCCAACUACUAGACCAACAACGGCCACAAAACCAGCACCCAAACCUCUAACUAAUGGUGUUGCCUCACGAACAACAACAUCAACGCUUCCCAAAAGGCCAGCAACAGCUCCGGCUGCCACUAGAGCCUCUACUGCUACAGCUACAACUAAAGCAGCUCCAAGACCGACGCCGCGAACCGUAGCUGCACCCAGAACGACCGCUGCAAGACCAGCUCCCAGCACCGCCAAGUCCACUGUGCCUGCGCGCCCUGCCGCUCCUGUUGCACAAAGGCGACCCAUCAGUAUUCCUUCAAAAACACUAGACAAAAAAGAACCAGCUAAACCCUCUACCUUGACAGCUCGAACAACGCUGGCCACAAGGAAAGUAGAUCCAAAGAAAGCUGCCCCUGCAACUACCGCUACCAGUCCGCAAAAACCACUUCCAAUCAGGCGACCCCAGCCAAAAACAAAUCAAACCGAGGUGAAGAAGGAGACGGUCGUUGAAAAUGGAAUGGAUACGAAAGAAAACUCAACGUCUUAAAAAUUGAACGUUGUUUUAUAUUGUUUUGAUAUUGGAACCCUUCUUUUUUUAAAUUUCCCCCUCCCCAAUUGUUUUUUACUUUUAAAGUUGAUUUGUAGAAUUUAUAUCGCAACAAUUUUAAGCACUGAGGACCCGCCCGUCAGGGCUCCAAAAAUACCUUCAGUAGUGCUCGUUCACUUCUUCCUUUAAGAGGGUCAACUUUAUUCUCUAUGCAGUCACGUUUACAAUUGAUUUUUCUAGGGGAUCAUAUGAGAUAAUUUUCAACUUUGUUUUUGUUCCUUAUUCAAUUCCAAACAUUUUGUACUCUAGAAAAUUCCAGAACAGAUUAAAUCUGGCCCCUGUCAUCUUAUUCAAACGUACUCUCUUCUCUGAGACCUGAUAAAUACUUAAAUUUCAUCUGUUUGUUCUUUAAAAGGUUGUGACCUCAUUUCAGCAGCAUAUCUUGUAUUGAUUAGAAACAGUGGCAAUAUGGUCAGCAAAAGGCAAGCGUGGCAUAUAUAUUACGACUUGCACAGGAAGGAAAUGUAUCUGUUGCCACCAGUUAAUUUAAAGUUAGUUGUUAUUUUCUAAGACCCAAUGAAUGUCGAUCUGUUUACUUUGCAAUGCUGGUAAAAUUGCAUCAAGUAUCUUGCUAGAUGAAUAGUUUAGUGGCUGACAUCUGUUUCUUUGAACCCUCAUUCAACCUAAUUUUCUUGUAAACGUGGUCUUCACAGAAUCAUCCUAACCCCUAUUUUAAAUAUGUUGAUAGCAUUUAUAAUUUAUUUUUAUUUAUUUCCUAAUGGUGCAUGAGUGUAUUCUUCUGUUUCGUACAGGAAUCCUAAGUAGAGUCGUGGAAAUUUCUGGAUUCUCCCCAUAGUCUUUCAAUUUUUGCGUGCGGAUCUUACCGUACAGAGAUUAGACUCCACACGAUGAAAAUUGACUACACUUUCUGGAAGAAUUUCCUCGUUUCUAAUCAUAGCUUAUUUUAUGCAAUUUGUAUAUUUUGAAAUCCAAAGAACUUACUCCUUGUGCCUGCUAGCAGGUCAGUUUCUAUUCAGAAUGUAUCUUCGAAGCCAUUGAUCAGAGUUCUAGAAUGAGACUAUAAUUUCUUUAGAAUAUAACGCUUGCUAUCUUUUAGUCUAGAGCAGGUGAGGUUUAAAUCUGAAAUCAAAUCGUGUCAGGGUUGCACCAGUAUCAAGGAAAAAUCUAUAGUCUACCAAUUAGAGUGAAAACUGUAUGUUUAGCCUGUUCAACUUUUUAAACGCUGAAAUUGAAAAUGUUCUUUCCCCUAUGAGAAACAAGUUCUAGUAAAUGCUUCAUCUUAUGUCUAUGAGCGUAUUUUUAAUUUUUUUAAGUACAUUGUUGAACGCCUUUUAAAGUGCACUUUUAAUCAGGUAAACUACAAAUAACCUACUCAGUUGCUAAGCUCAGACCCUGCAUUGGUUUUUUCCCCUCUUUUUACGCCUCCUAUGAAGUACUUAAAAGAGAAACUUAACAUUGUGGAACCGAGCUUUGUGAUUCAAAAUUCCAAAGGAUUUUAUCUUCAUCCAUCUUGUGAAUUAUAUAGACUAAUGUCUAACAACAAGAGUGUAAUUUUUUGAAAGAAACAUAGAAACCUAAGUAAACUAUCGCUUUCUAACAUGUAAUGAAAGAAUUCGAGUAGUCAACUUUUCCUCGUCUCUAAUAAUAUUUGAGAACUGUACCAAUGAAUCAGCUUUUAAAUAUAAUGAAAUUACUUUUCUCAGUAUCCUCGUGUUCCCUCAGCAAGUCUCAAGGUUCAGAGAUUUUCUCCCUUAGGCCAACUUCUGCUGAAGUUCUGCUGCACUAGUUAAGCAAAAUUGAAAAUUAGUCAAAAGUAGUUUGAGCUGUUGAAGGUGGUUCACCAACUACCGUCAAAUUUACCAGGUAUUCUGAAAUCACCAAAAAAGGAAACUAAGGCACUUCAAAUGAGAUUGGUAACAUCUUUGGGCUUCUUUCAGCUAGGUCAAAAUUAGUUUGUUCAACCCAAUGUUGUCAGUAAUUAACGCAUGUAAAUGAAGCUUCAAGCAAAAUUUUACUCUUAGUUUUGGUAUGAAAAACCUGAUUUUCCACUUUUUUGUAUUUGUUCGACAAGAAACUUUUGGCCAUACUUUUGUCUUAGCCUAAGUCUCCCGUCACAAGCCAAGAGGCUAGUAGGGGGAGAAUUGUAUUUAAGUUGAAAUUGCGAAAUAAUUGGAAUUAAGCAUGAAUAUAUAUUAAUUGUUGAUCCUCAAUUGAAAACUUAGCUAUGUCUUACAUAAUUGGUUUUGAGUUCUCCGCUCCUCUUUUGUUUUUUUAUCUCUUUUUUGGCAGAAGAGUAGAAUUCUGAUUUCAAGAAGCAUUAUUCUAAAUUCAGUAUUAUUCCAUGAAUGGCUCAAUGACUGUAUUGAAAGUAGAAACAGAAAUAAUAAUAGUAUCUUAUUGUAAACAAUUUGAACAGAGUAAGAUGUAAACUACAGAUAUUGUUCGAAGCUGUCAGUUUCUCUUCAGCCUGACUGCGUAGUAGUCAAUUUUUUUAUUCCUUGUCUAUAAAUUUUAAAUUUUUUAUAUUGUCUCUGUUUUUCUACGUUGCUUAACAAUUUUAAAUUUUACUAGACUUUACUCCUGUUUGCUUUUGCUUCUGUGGCAUACUGCUCAAAUUGGUUGAAAUUUUUAUUUUAGAUUGAUACCGAUUAGACUUUUAUUGUUUGUUUGAUAUUAUGUACUAUGAAAAGAAAUAUGUGCAUUAUUGAUUUAUGAGGGUCCGUUGAUGAGUUCAGAAUAAUCGCAAAUUCGUGUGCUUUCUAGAAUGACUGUUAUUUACACACCGUCAACUUUUUUGUCCAUCAAGAUUUGUCGAUACAAGAGUAAAAAUAUAAGAAGACUUCUCUUUCGUUUCUCUUUGUUAAAAAGUAAUUGAACAGAGAGCAUGUAGCAAUUUGAAGCUCCUCGGCUCUCAUUAAUUGAGAGCUCUUGGUGUCUAACCAUAAGACAAAUUUUUCUGGAAGAUUUCUGUGGAAUAAAAAAAUUGAAAAGACCUAAAUCUUUUGAGUUAGCAGUGAUCAAUGUAAUCUCUUGAUCCUGAAAAUUUUGUGUUUGAUGGUGAUUAAUAUAUUUUGGUCUUUCUAGCAACCAAACUUAUUAUCUGUCCUGAGAACUCUCUACUUGAGUUGAUAAAAAAUUUACGGAGGUGUGAAAUAAUCAUGAGUUUGCUGCUUUUGUGUGCUUCAAGACUGGAUGUGAAUUUUUAUCAAUUAUAAUACAUUUAGCUACUUGGGCUGUGUAUUCGGCAUAAUUUUUUUUAGUAACUCAAAUAUUUUACUCUGAAUUUUUUUAUCUCUAUCAAAGUAGAAUGGCCCUAUAUUUUUAUUCUACUUAAUUUUCCUCAACUGACUUUUGUAUUUUGUAACUGUUUACGUUUGUACAAUAUUUUUGUUAGGAUUUAAAUAAAUAAAAUUAAAACCAAAGACCAGCAUCGA